AAAGCUAAAACAUAUUCGUAGCAGAGGUUAGGUUUUGUUCCUUUUGAUGGGUUUUUGGAACAAAUAAUGCAAAAUCCACAACUUUUGUAAGAAACAAAAAUGGUAAAAUUUUCUGCUCAGUGAUUAAACUUAACAAUGGCGGAAUCAGUUCUUCAAACUCCCAAAAACCCACAUUUCUUCCAGCCUCUACUUCCCGGCUUCGACUCUUAUCUCAACAUUCCUGUAACCUUCUACUUGAAGCACCUCCAAGGAAGAAACGAACACAAGACUGCAAAAUUGAGAACGGACGCUUCAGAUACAGUUUGGGAAUUGAAAAUUGAAGAUGGCCAGAGACUCACUGAGGGUUGGAAAGAAUUCGUCACAGCUAAUGACUUUCGUAUUGGUGAUGUCACUGUUUUCAGACACGAAGGCGAUCUGGUGUUUCAUGUCACUGCGUUGGGGCUCAGGGGCUGUGAGAUUGAAUAUACAUCAUCUCAUAGCGUUGAUGACGAUUGUGAUAAUCAUCAGGAAAACAUUGAAACCAGACCAGUGAAGAAAAAUCCAGGGAGAGAAGAAGAUUCUUCAUUAGACCAUUCUUGUUUUGUAGCAAAUGUCUCAGUCUCAAACCUAUACGAGGAUAAAUUGUAUGUUCCAGUUGGUUUUGCGAGGUCAAGUGGUUUGUGCAAAAAAACCGGUAAGAUUGUUCUUCUUAACGAAUUGGGAAGAUCAUGGAAGUUAAGUUUGGAUCAUGACAAAUCCGGCAGCAAAACUUAUCUCAGACACGGCUGGAGAAGUUUCUGCAAUGCCAAUGGGAUGAACCGAGGUGGCUAUACUUUCAAACUUGUCCGAAAUUCAGGAACUCCUGUGAUACAAGUGUGCCGAGCAGGAUGUAGACCAGACGCCGAAUCCUCGUCAGAUUGCUCUUUUUUUUCAGGAUUUGUCACAACUUCGAACUUAGAUCAUGAUGCGCUGUAUCUUCCAAGAGUGUUUGUGAGCUCAAAUGGUUUGGAUAAAGGACGUUGUGAUGAGAUGGUUCUGAAGAAUGAAGAUGGUAGAACAUGGAAUUUAGUUUUAAGACACGAUAAGUCAAACAACUCUGUUCUUAUCUCACGAGGCUGGAGAAGUUUCUGUCAAGUAAACGGGUUAAAAGCUAGAGAUACCUUCAGGUUUAAACUGGUCAUUACCGGGGGGAAACAUGUUCUCUGUUUAUGCUCUGCAGAAACUAGCCGUGACACAAGAGUAUUAGAGUGUUCAGAAGGUACCGAUGUAGAUUCCCUCUCCACAGAUCCUAGCAGGGCAGAAGAGAGUAGCGAAACCGAGGAAAGUGAAGAUAACGGGAGAGACAACACCAUUGUGAAGGAAGAUAGUGAAGAAGAGAGCAUUGAAGACAAAAGCAGCUUAAGGGAAUGUUCGAUUGCAGAGAAAUGGAAGCAUUCCUCAAGACCAGGAGCUUCAUCUUCAUCGAGUCAAAGCCGGUUUGUGACAUUAACAUUUUCUCCGUACUCUUUUAGAAGCAAUAAACUGAGACUUCCGCUCUGUUUCACGCGGGCGAAUGGCAUCAAGAAGCCGGGGAAAAUAACUCUGUUGGGUCGAGACGGAGUAAAUAGGAUGGUGCGUCUUCUUAAAGACCACGAAAACGGAAGAUUGAGACUAGGAAGAGACUGGAAAGGGUUCUGUAGAGUUCAUGGCGUAAAGAUAGGAGAGUCCUUUGUGUUGGAACUCAUUUGGAAGAAAGAUGCAGGUCCUGUGCUUAAGUUCUGCACCAAAGUAAAUUGUGUCUAACUGUCCUUUUUAACUGUCAAUGUACACUAUCUUAUGUCGGCGUUGUAUGAAUUUGCUUUGAUUCCUCUUUCUUUGUACCACUUAUAAUGUGGGAAGAGACUGAGGCUGAAAAAUUAAGGUGAACUUCGAAUUUAUUUGUGGAAUUCGAUAA